GGAUUCUCGUGCUGCCAACAGCAUUGGAACAGCACUGACAGAUCGGCCAAGACUAGCCGCCUUCACCUCACAACUGUAGUUCCGAAGUCCUGAGAGAGAUGCGGUGCCCCGCAGCGUAGGUCAUCUGCAUUACGCUCUCUUUUGCUGCCUCCAAAGCCACCAGAUAUCAUACCAGACGCGAAACAAAGUCGAUCACGCCCCACUUUACCAAAAGAUAGGAUCGAUGGGGCUCAGAAUGGACGAUUUGCACGCGCCUACCGUGGCGUCUGGCCCGAGUUCGCACGCACUGUCAAAUGGGACUGUCGAGAAGAAGUCGCUGCAAGAGCUUGUGGCUCAAAAGGACAACAUCGAGGCUGAGUUAUCAGCACUUGGCUCAGUUCUCGACUCGCAUGGCGUCAAUAUGCAGACACCACUCACCGAUCGCGGCGGCUUCCCUCGAGCAGACAUCGACGUUGCGCAAAUCCGGACGACAAGAGCACGAAUUGUACGUUUGAAAAAUGAUCACAAGGCAGUCAUGUCGAGACUGGAAGAUGUUGUGCAUGAACAAUUUGCGGCUGGAAAAGCAGCCGAAGACCUUCCCUCGCUGCAGGCCAGAGGCCAGUCAUCCUCAACAGGCAGCUCGCCAGCUCCAGUUGUCGAGCCUCCAUUCGCGAAAGUGAAUUCGGUUGUGCCAAACAGCCCGGCAGAUCAAGCUGGUCUGAAGGUUGGGGAUCGCAUUACGAAGUUUGGUACAGCAAGCUGGACAAACCACGAGAGACUUACGAAGGUUGCAGAGGUCGUGCAGCAAAAUGAGAAUCGACCCAUCCUGGUCAAGAUUUCACGAGACGGCGGGGGAGCCUCAUCGCUUGGACAAGAAUUACGCCUUACUCCGCGACGCAAUUGGGGCGGUCGUGGUCUUCUCGGCUGUCAUCUCGUCCCUCUGUAGAAGACCAAGAGCAUUUGGCUCUCGACUGAAGGUGCCAAAUGGCUUGCAGUGCACAAUUCCCGGCCGACACGUGAGUUGGAUGCAAAGGUUACUCUACUCCAUCGCGUGUGAAGUGAAGCAGUGCAGUCCGGAGAAGAAACUCGCGUACUUCAGGCAUAGGGACACGUGAAAACCACGCGAAGUACCAAACAUCGGCAUCAAUACACGACCACGGUUGAGAUACG